AUGGGAACUGCCUUGCUUGGUCAAUGUCUGCGUUUCCGGGCCAGCGGUGCUGUGCCUCGUCUCGGAGACAAGGAAGGAGGUUCAAGUCUGGUGGGUUCGCGACGCAGGCACUCUCUGCACACAUCAGCUCACCGUUUCAACGCAUCGCCAAGUACAGAACCAUCGAGGCUGCCCACAAAGCGACGGGAGAUGCCGCUGGACCUGAAAGACAACUCUGCAGCCGAAUAUGUCCUCACAACAAUGGACAAGCUCACCAACUGGGCCCGCACCGGCUCCCUCUGGCCGCUGACCUUCGCCCUCGCCUGCUGCGGCAUCGAGAUGAUGCACGUCUCCAUGCCGCGCUACGACAACGACCGGCUGGGCAUCAUCUUCCGCGCCUCCCCGCGGCAGGCCGACGUCAUGAUCGUGGCCGGGACCGUGACCAACAAGAUGGCGCCCGCGCUGCGGCAGCUGUACGACCAGAUGCCCGACCCGAAAUGGGUCAUCUCGAUGGGCAGCUGCGCCAACGGCGGCGGGUAUUAUCACUACUCGUAUAGUGUGGUCAGAGGAGUGGAUAGGGGGAUACAUGUCUUGCAGAGGAAGAUUCGAGGGGAAAGGAAGGCGAGGAUGUGGUAUCGAAAGUAGGGCUUGGAAAAGACGUUUGCAUGCUCUUGGGUUGAGGAAUCGCGAAGAGGGCCCGAGAACGGCAUGGACGAUCUCGGAAUUAUUUGAGUCGGUGUUGAGCAUGAAGAAGUGUUUUGCGCUCUUGCGAGCGAGGGAUCAGUAUUGUUGCAUGGCAUUGAAUCGCCGUUACCUCUGG